UCCAGAGAAAGGCCAUCCUUCGGGGGAGGCAGCCGAGAAAGCGCGCGACGCAAAGUAGUGGGGGGCGGGACUUGGUGCCGGAAGUGCUCGUUCCUCCGUAGUUACUGUUGGCGGUCUACCUGAGCGGAGAUGCUCCGGCCGUCUGUGGCGAGGACGCCGGCGGGCGGUUAGAGAAAAGCCUGCCGUGUGGAGCCGGGCGGCGCCGACGGACCAUGAGCUACACCAAGCACUGGGGAGAAUGGUUCCUGAAUCUGCGGGUGCCCCCCGCGGGCGUGUUCGGCGUGGCCUUCCUGGCCCGAGUCGCCCUGGUUUUCUACGGCGUCUUCCAAGAUCGGACGCUGCUGGUGCGCUACACCGACAUUGACUACCACGUGUUCACGGACGCCGCGCGCUUCGUCACCGAGGGCCGCUCCCCGUACAUCAGAGCGACCUACCGCUACACCCCGCUGCUGAGCUGGCUACUCACACCCAACAUCUACCUGGGCGAGCUCUUCGGGAAGUUCCUGUUCAUCAGCUGCGAUCUCCUCACUGCCUUCCUCCUCUACCGCCUGCUGCUGCUGAAGGGGCUGGGGCGCCGCCAGGCCUGCGGCUACUGUGUCUUCUGGCUGCUGAACCCGCUGCCGAUGGCCGUGUCGAGCCGCGGCAACGCCGACUCCAUCGUGGCCUCGCUGGUGCUGACCGUGCUAUACCUGAUCGAGAAGCGGCUGGUCGCCUGCGCCGCCGUCUUCUACGGCUUCGCGGUGCACCUGAAGAUGUACCCGGUGACCUACAUCCUGCCCAUAGCGCUGCACCUGCGGCCCGAGCGCGACAGUGACGAGGCGCUGCGCCGGUCGUGCUACUCCUUCCAGGCGCGGCUGUACGACUUCCUGCGGAGGCUGUGCAGCUGGGCAGUGCUGCUCUUCGUGGCCGUGGCGGGCCUCACCUUCUUCGCUCUGAGCUUCUGCUUCUACUGUAAAUACGGCUGGGAGUUCUUGGAGCACACCUACCUGUAUCACCUGACUAGGCGGGACAUCCGCCAUAACUUUUCCCCGUACUUCUAUAUGCUGUACCUGACGGCCGAGAGCAAGUGGAGCUUCACCCUGGGCAUGGCCGCCUUCCUGCCCCAGUUCAUCCUGCUCUCGGCGGUGUCUUUCGCCUAUUACAGAGACCUUGUCUUUUGCUGUUUCCUCCACACGUCCAUUUUCGUGACUUUUAACAAAGUCUGCACCUCCCAGUACUUUCUUUGGUACCUCUGCCUCCUGCCUCUUGUGAUGCCCCUGCUGAGGAUGCCCUGGAGACGAGCCGUGGUCCUCCUGAUAGUCUGGUUUCUAGGCCAGGCCUCGUGGCUGGCGUCUGCCUACAUGCUCGAGUUCCAAGGGAAGAACACCUUUCUGUACAUCUGGUUGGCUGGUUUGUUUUUCCUUCUCAUCAACUGUUGCAUCCUGAUUCAGAUCAUUUCCCAUUACAAGGAGGAGCGCCUAACAGAGAGAAUCAAAUACGACUAGUGAUGUGUGCCCUGCACCUGUUACUGCUGUUGCCUUCUCUCUGUUCUGCCCGGACCAGAAAAGCUGUGCAACUUCGGGGUUUUUUGAACAUUCUAAACACCCUAGUGACAGUUCCCUUGUUCCGAUAGACAUUAAAACCGAUGUUGGCCUUACAGAAAGGGGACCCAACUGCUCGAGGUCCGUCCUUCAGAAAGUCUUAGGACUCAUUUGCUUGAGGAGAGUGAAAGUUUCUUGUUAGAAAAUCUAAAGGCUGAUGAUGCUAUCAGAUGCCAAGAGAUUUUUGUAGAGAAGAGAAAUGGAGGCAUGAGGUCUCUGUUGGUACUUGCUCUGGUUAUACUGUGCCACUGUGUUGGAUCUUCAGCUCCCAUUUUUCCUGACAGCUGUGAAAACUCACGAAGUAUUCCUGAAGUACAUUUUUACAUGUACAGUCUUAAAUAAUAUGACCAUACUUAGUUGGGAAAGUUUUAAACUUUUGUAUUAAAUGUGGGGGCUUAGGAGAUAAAUAAUCCAAAGAAUUUAAGUUGUGAUCAUGUUUCAUGUAUUUGUUUUGUAAUUUAGUUUUUUUCAACAUUUAAAACCAGUGGUGCUGGUUUUAUAUGAAAAUAUUAAAUUUAAAUUCACCCAUC